AUGAAUACAAUUGAUCGAAGAGAAAGUGGAGUGUUCUUCGUGGAUGGACCAGGAGGAGCAGGUAAGACAUUUCUUUACAGAGCUAUAAUUGCAGACUUAAGAAGUAAAGGGCAUAUUGUAUUGGUAAUUGCGUCCUCAGGAAUAGCUACAACUUUACUGCCUGGUGGUCGAACACCUCAUUCUAGAUUUAAGAUCCCAAUCAAUGCAGAGCCAUCCUCCACGUGCAGUAUAAGUAAACAAUCUGAUCUUGCAAAACUGAUUAGGCAGACGACCGCGAUAAUUUGGGAUGAAGCGCCAAUGACUAAUAAAGAGACAAUGGAAUCACUGGACCGCACAUUACGAGACAUCUUAGAAAACAAUAAUCCAUUUGGAGGGAAGGUGAUGGUUAUGGGAGGGGAUUUUCGCCAAGUACUACCUGUUGUGCCGAAAGGAAGUAAGUCGCAAAUGAUUUCAGCUUCUAUUGUUAAAUCACAUUUGUGGGCAUUCACCAAAAUUCUCCACCUACGACAGAAUAUGCAAUCCCUUAAUGAUCGUGAUUUUGCGGAGUAUCUUAUGCGCACAGGGGAUGGGAUUGAGCCUACCAUAUGUGAAGACUUGGUACAAAUAGAAGUAGGCAUGGCAAUACCAUGGGAAGGUGAGGCAUCAUUACACAAAUUAAUAGAAGAAACCUUUCCAAAUUUGCAAUCUCAUAGGUGGGAUGCAUCUUAUAUGGUGGAGAGAAUGAUAUUGACACCCAAGAAUCAAGAUGUGCAACAGCUUAAUGAUAUAGUCAUCAACCAAUUUCCGGGAGACGAACAAAUUUUAGCAUCCUUUGAUGAGGUAGAAGGAGAUACAAAUAAUCUGUAUCAACAAGAAUAUCUUAACUCGAUCUCCACAGGUGGAUUGCCACCUCAUAUGUUGAAGGUAAAAAAAGGUGCUCCUCUGAUGUUACUGAGAAACAUAGAUCCCAAGGCGGGCUUAUGCAAUGGCACAAGGCUACUAUGUCGAGGAACUUUUCAAAAUAUGUUAGACGUGGAAAUCUUAACAGGCCAUCACUCUGGAAAAAGAGCUUUUCUGUCUCGGAUAAAACACAAAACAACUGAGAACUCAGGACUACCCUUUGUGCUUAUUAGAAAACAAUUUUCUGUAAGGUUGAGUUUUGCCUUAACGAAAAUAGUUAAUAAUGACUAUUUCUCAAGAACAAUGCUCACUGAAUUCUUUGCACUUAAUCGGGCCGAUGACCAACAAUCUAGACAUCUUUUGUACAGGAAAAUUCCAGAAUAUUACAGUUGGCACAGCAAGGAAAAAGAAUGGCGUCGACGUAGGUCACAAAAGAGAGUUAUCGGUCGGAUCUAUACCGGUUUGGAUAACAGAAGGUAA